ACAAGGAAGUGGGGUGACUGACACAUGUUUCCAAUGAGUGAGAGCACAACGUUCGUCAUUACUUUCUCAUUCUGUCCUCUCACACAACAGAGGCAACAUGAAGCUGUGGGCCGUGCUGCUGCUGCUCGCUCUGCUCGCUCAGACUUUUGCUGCGGAUGAGUCCUGUAUGGGUCGCUGUGAGAAUGGCUUUGACUCUCAGAAGCAGUGCCAGUGUGACUCGAUGUGCAAGUAUUACAAGAGCUGCUGCUCUGACUUUGAGGUCAUGUGUGGCAUGACGACUCGUGGAGACACGUUUGUGUUUGCAGAGGAUGAUGAUGAUGAUGACGAUGAGCUGUUUGAAGGUACCACUCCACCCUCUAGUCUCCAGUCAGCACAGGACCUCACAUCUUUUACCGUCAUCAGUCGUCAGCUUAGGCCCACGCAGCAGCCCAUCUCAGACUUUGAUCGCAGACCACAGCAACAUCCAGACACCACGCUAGAAAUGACCAAACCCCCGCUACUGAUGGAUGCCAUGCUUCAGAAAAUGCAGGUAAAACCCGUUUCACAGACAGUCUCACCUACACAGGCGGACCCCAGCACGACUAAACCCCCUCAGAUUGAUGCAGCAGCUGAGACGGCCACUGUUCCCGUCACAACAGCCACCACUGAAGAUCCUGACCCAGAUGCCGUGGCCUGCAGUGGGAGGCCUUUUGACUCCUUCAUGCAACUAAAAAAUGGCUCCAUGUUUGCCUUCAGAGGGGACUACUUUUUUGAACUGGACCAGCAGUCGGUGCUUCCUGGUUAUCCAAAGCUCAUAAAGGACACGUGGGGCAUUAGCGGGCCUAUUGAUGCUGCCUUCACCCGCGUCAACUGUCAAGGGAAGACUUAUAUCUUCAAGGGAAACAAGUACUGGAGGUUUGAUAACGGUGUGCUGGAGGAGGACUACCCUCGAGAUAUCAGCGUGGGCUUUGACAAAAUUCCAGAUCAUGUGGAUGCAGCGUUUGCUCUGCCUGCUCCUGGUCACAAUGGAAAAGAGAAGGUCUAUUUUUUCAAAGGCGAACAGUAUUAUACGUACGAGUUUUUGCACCAGCCGUCCCAUGAGGAGUGUAUCCGCAUGUCUGAGAGGUCUCCGUCCACACUGUUCAGGCGCUACACUGACGUAUACUACAACAACUUUGAGCGUUUUUUCAGCGAGCUCUUCUCUGACUUGCCUCAGCAUCAUGACAAACACCACUUCAUUGAGAAGGACUGGAAGGGCCUCAAGUCUCCAGUGGAUGCUGUCAUGACAGGCAGAAUGUACGUCCCUCCCCGGAGGUCCACACGACGCCGCGACGACUACCAGCCUGACCAGCAGUGGGGUCAACAGCAAGGUCAGCAGUGGGACCAGCAGUACGGACAGCAGUGGGGUCGUAGGAUGCAAAGCCGUUCACCCUUCUGGGGAUCCAUGACCGAGCAGGGGAUGAACAUGGGCCGGGACUUUGCAGAAGCAGGGAUGGAAAUGGGUCUGAGGUUGGCAGAGAGGAGGAUGGAAAUGGAGGAGCGGCUCGGACGAGACUGGGACAGACGGUGGGAUCAAGACUGGGACCAGAACAGACGGAGAGAUGGUUACCGCCAGAACAACAGAGGCAACUUUGAUUCCAGAGGUGACAGGUCGCACUGGGAGUCCAUCCAGAGGAGUCUGCCCAUGCAGAGCGUCUACUUCUUUAAAGGAGAUAAAUACUACAGAGUGGACCUGAGGACCAAGAGAGUUGACCCUGCCAUGCCACCAUAUCCCAGAUCCAUCGCCAAGUACUGGCUCGGCUGUUCAGACACCACCGGGGCAGAGAAGUAGUUUCAAAUAUUUUAGGUAUUUUACUAUGAUCAUUUGUAUAUAACCGAUGAUUCAUUUUAACUGAAGCAGGCAGUGUUGGUUGUACAAAAGUGUGUCAAACAUGUUCAGUGUAACGCAUAACAAGCCGCUCAUCAACUUGAGCAAAUAUUGGAGAUCAAUGAAAGUCCACACACUGCUCCUCGUGGCCAAAGUUCAGCUGGUUGAUUUUCUGAAAUCUGUUGUCAACAACAGCUGACCUUCUUUAUUAAACACAACUAUAGUGAAAAAUUGCUCAAUUGAGAAAGACAGAGCAGGUUGCAAAGGAACUAUCAGCAGUCUGAAAUUGGUAGCAAAAUUUUAGGCUACGUUUUGAUUAAAAACAAACGCUCAUUUGCAACAGUUAUAAGGUUCUCAUUUCUUAGUUUUCAGUGUCAUUGUAAUUAAGGAGUUUUUUACAUUGCAUCAGUGGUGGAAUCUAACUACAUUUACUCAAGUACUGUACUAAAGUACAGUUUUGAAGUACUUGUACAUGAGUAUUUAAAUUUUAUGCUACUUUAUACUUCUACUCCACUACCAUUCAGAGGGAAAUAUUGUCAUUGUUGCUCCACUACGUUUAUCUGAAAACUAUAGUUACUGGUAACUUUGCAGAUUAUGAUUUUACAUACAAUACAUAUGACUAACUUAUAAAAUACAAUCCAUCAUUAGAGGUUAAACUAACCAACAGUGUAUAACGUAGUUGAAAUUAGCUCCACCUCAACCAGCUGGGAUAUUAAAAUACUGCUUAUGUGUGAACGCAUCAGUAGUAAUAUUCCAAUAAUAUGAUACAUGUGAUAAUAUAUCACUCUCAAACUGGCCACUCUGCCCAUGUGUGUGUACUUUUACUUUGGACACUUUACAUUUAGCUGAUAAUACAUUUGUACUUAAGUGAAAUCUUGAAUGCAGGACUUUUACUUGUAACAGAGUAUUUUUGCAGAGUGGUAUUGCUACUUAAGUAAAAGAUCUGAGUACAUUCAUUCAAAGUAAUUCGGUGAUGUUUUCUUAAUCAUGUAUCUACAAAUUUUUAAAAUGUUUAUUUUCAUUAUUAAUUGUGAACAUACAGUGAAUAGGAAAAUAUAAAACACUCAUGACAUGAUGGAGGUUUCAUGUACCAAAGGGUCAUAAAAUCUUGACGUGGGGUCAUGCAGAUGUUCCCAGUAGGCAACAUGAGGGGGGAUACCAUCCCCCUUGUUAGCAAAACGACCAAAAUGCAUCCCCCUUGUUCUCCAUCCUCUAGUAGCAGAGAGAGUGCAGGGGCAGGGGGGUUGUUUAGUUGAAUAUCCAAAAAUUUGUUUUACCAAUUGUUGCUUUAAUUAUGUUCCCUGGCAUCGUUUUUUCUAGUUUAGGAAGCGCUAUAUACACACAUACAUAAAAGUGCAGGACUUUGACGCCAGAGCCCCGGGUUCAUAUCCUGAGGCUCACGUGUGGUUAGGUUUAGGCAACAAAAGCGCUUUGGUUGAGGUUUGGAAAAGGUUGUGACUUCAGUUAAAUUGAACAUGAUCUCUCUUUCUCUACUCUUAACCAGGUGCUGUAAGUGCCUAAACACAACCAUGAAACAGUAGAGUCAUGCUUUAGUUGCUGCGAGUGGAUAUUGUAUUGCAAAAUUGGACAUUGUCUGGAAAGCAAAUUAAAAAGUUGUAAGUGAACGUUUUGCUAAAUGCGUUCAGUAUCAACAUUUUGCGACUUGGUCGAUAUGUUAAUUAACAACAUUUUCUCAUAUUGAUGGAAAAGGUAAGGUAAUCUAGAUGUGAAAACAUUCUUACAAUUCCAGUUUUCUGACCUCUACUGACUUGUAUAAGAGAGCUAAAUAUAAAACUAUAAUACACUGACAAAGCAGCCUUGUUGAAUUGUAGCAGCUUUUGACAGACGUCUAAAGGGUGUACUGAGUACUGAUUCAGAGUGAGUCACAUUUGAUCACAUAUUACAACUUGUUACAGUCUGUUCUUACUUGUAUUUUCAUCCAUGACAAAUAAAAAUAUCAGUACAGGAGCAGACUCAAAUCGUAUUUGCAUGCUUAAAUUAUAUGUUUUUGCUUGAAUAAAGAACACAGUUCAUGAUGUUUUACAACUACUAUGA